UUCUUUCUUUCUUUCUUUCUUUCUUUCUUUCUUUUUUUCGAUAAGUGUUCUGUUAUUCUUUAUUAUUAUUAUUAUUACUAUUAUUCAAUACUAUUGGUUUCUUUUUUUCUUGAAUUGCGGAACAUGUCCUUUUUCAAUAAAAUCAUCGAUAAAGCAAAACAUCAUCAUCAUGAUCCUGUAGAUACUACUACGCGUAAUACUUCUACACAACAACAUUCUACCACAAACUUAACAACAGAUAAAAAUGUUGAUAUGACAACUAGUUCAACAACACUCGAUGGUACUCGUAUGAGUAUCGAUAAACCAGACAACAAUACAAGUGAACCAAUGGAUACUCAAACAUCGGAUAUGACGAAGGAUCAACAAGAUACCAUCAUAACAACUGUUGAUUUACCUUCUACUACUACAACAUCUACACCAAACAAAACAUUAAAUGAAAAGGAUACUCAACAACAAUUACAACAACAAGUCUAUUCAAAAUCAUCUUAUACAUCUGUCUUUAAUGAUCAAAGUAUUCUUCAACAACGACAAAAUCGACCUAAACUCAAAUUGGCGGAUUUCCAUAUCUUACGAACAUUAGGAACAGGUUCUUUUGGAAGGGUACAUUUAGUUCAAUCACGUGUCAAUGUGCGUUAUUAUGCUAUUAAGGUGUUGAAAAAGACAGAGGUUGUACGACUGAAGCAAGUGGAACAUACAAAUAACGAAAAACAUAUAUUGGAAUCAGUGGCUCAUCCUUUCUUGGUCAAUAUGUGGGGAACUUUUCAAGAUAGUAUCAAUCUCUAUAUGGUUAUGGAUUAUGUUCCUGGUGGUGAACUUUUCUCCAUUUUAAGAAGAUCUCAGCGAUUCCCGGAUCAUGUGGCCAAAUUUUAUGCUGCUGAAGUUGUCUUGGCAAUUGAAUACCUCCAUUCCAAAGAUAUUAUCUAUAGAGAUUUGAAACCGGAAAACCUAUUACUUGACGCCCAAGGACAUAUCAAAAUUACAGAUUUCGGAUUUGCAAAGCAUGUGCCUGAUAUUACUUGGACUUUAUGUGGUACUCCUGAUUAUUUAGCGCCCGAAGUUAUCCAAUCAAGAGGUUACGGCAAAGCUGUGGAUUGGUGGAGUUUGGGUAUUCUGAUAUUUGAAAUGUUAGCUGGACACCCACCUUUCUUUGAUGAUGAUCAUCUCAAAUUAUAUGAAAAGAUCCUUGCUGGACGUAUCAAAUGGCCAAGUUACUUUGAUCCAAAUGCCAAAGAUCUAUUGCGACGACUAUUGACAUCGGAUUUAUCUAAACGUUUUGGUAAUUUACGAAAUGGUGCUGAAGAUGUGAAACGACAUGCUUGGUUUGAAGGAGUGGAUUUCAAUCGUUUACUGGCUAGACAACAUCGUCCUCCUUAUGUACCUUCUAUUCGUGGUGAUGGUGAUGCAAGUCACUUCGAUCGGUAUCCCGAAAGUAAUGAACAAUAUGGUAUCCAAACUGGCCCUGAUCCUUAUGUACACUUCUUUUCCGACUUUUAACUUUUAUUAUCGUUUUUUUUACUAUGACUAUCCCUCCCGUUAAGUUCCUCCCUCCUUUUUUUUUUUUUUUUUUUU